CAGUAUUUAAACAACACGAUAUGUGAUGUGUAGUUCAUAGGAAUUGUUGCAAAUACAAGACUAUUGCGAGAAUGAUUCGGACGCUGUUUGUGGCAACCAUGCUGUUGUGUUUGUUCACACCAGGUGUGAUCGGCGAUCAUAGAUGGCCAUGCGUUUGUACGACGGAGUAUGACCCGGUGUGUGGCGUUGAUGGCAAAACAUACGGGAACAUGUGCGCUCUCCGAUGCGCCGGUGUUCGUCUUCAAAGUAAAGGCGAAUGUAAACAUGGGUGCAUUUGCACGAUGGAGUAUGACCCGGUUUGUGGUCUUGAUGGCAAAACCUACGGGAACCCGUGCCUUCUCAACUGCGCGAUUCGGACGCUGUUUGUGGCAACCAUGCUGUUGUUUUUGUUCACACCAGGUGUUAUCGGCGAGUAUAUAUGGCCAUGCAUUUGUACGACGGUGUACGAGUAUAUCCCGGUAUGUGGAGUCGAUGGCAAAACGUACGACAACAUGUGCAAACUCCGAUGCGCAGGUGUAACGCUGGCUUAUAAAGGGGCCUGUAAAUACGGAGGAUACGGGGGAUGAGCAGUCAACGAUAUAAGCCUUCACAGAAGAAAAUAUGAAAAACUUUUUCUUAAUAAAUAAUUUCCAAUGAACAUUUCCG